GCCUACUCAUGUAUGAACAUAAAGACCCACCACGGAGGCAGCAGGCAGAAGGAGGGACAGCUGCCCAAACCAGGACCAGAGCAAGGUCCGGACCAGAAACGAUGGGGAGUGCAAUGGCACCGGUUCUACACUGGCUCCACGAUGUGGCAGCCGUGACUCUUCUCAAGGCCCGGCGGACUUUAUUCCAGGCUGGCGUCCUGUUUUGCGUCCUGGUUCUGCUCCUCUGGGUGUCUAUCUUUCUCUAUGGGAGCUUCUAUUACUCAUACAUGCCCACUGUGAGCUUCUCCACCCCUGUGCACUUCUACUACACCUCUGAUUGUGACACCUCAGAGUCAACACUUUGCUCAUUCCCCACAGCCAACAUCUCCUUCAUGAAGAAUGACAGGGACCAAGUGAUGGCCAACGGUCAGCCUUAUCGAGUGUCUUUGGAGUUGGAGAUGCCCGAGUCUCCAGUGAAUGAAAACCUGGGUAUGUUCAUGAUCAAGAUGUCUUGUUACACCAAGGGUGGGAAGACUGUCUCAUCAGUGGGCCGGUCUACAAUGCUGCAUUACCGCUCCAGCCUUCUGCAGACCCUCAGUACUUUGCUGUUCUCGCCUGUCCUUCUGACUGGGAUGGCCGAGCAGAAGCAGCUCAUAGAAGUUGAGCUCUUCUCAGAGUACAGGACGAAUGCUUAUCAACCUUCUGUCGGUGCUGUCAUUGAGAUCCAGUCCAAACGAGUGCAAAUCUACUCCUCUCAACUCCGCAUCCAUGCUUACUUCACUGGUAUAAGAUAUGUUCUGUACAACUUCCCCCUGACUUCUGCAGUGAUCGGCGUGGCCACCAACUUUGCCUUCCUGAGUGUCAUUGUGCUGUUCAGCUACCUGCAGUUCAUAUGGGGCGGCAUCUGGCCUCCAGACCAAGUGAGAGUCAGGGUUAUGAUUGGGGACAACACCCGCAUGCAGCAGAGGAGAGAGGAGGCUCGGAAGCGCAUGGAGAGGGAAAAUUCUCAAAAGGAACUUAGCGCUCCUCAAGUGAUUGGAUCUGUGAAUGAGGCGUCUGAUCUCCAAGGAAAUGACACGGUAGCGGAGUCAACGUCAAAGAAAUCCUCAGAAAACCCAGAUGCCUCUGAGGCUGAUGCACCAGAUACAAAGGAGGAAGAGGGGUCUCAUGACUCUAAAGAGCCUGAGGAGAGAGAUGACUCCGACAUGUUCGAUGGAUGCCACCUUCCACAGCAGGGUGAGACAUCACUCCGACAGAGACCUGGUCCGUGGAUGAGCCUGUGAACCAUGCCGCUGCACACAGAGCACCUAUAGUAUAUGCUUAAUGUUGCAUCACUCUCCAGCAGAUUGAACAUAAUUCGGCAGAUAUUGAUUGACUCUUGCAAACCUACUUUUUGAGUCAGCAUAAAUGCAUAUGCAUGGAAAUAUAAUAUCUGUGUUGUUUAAGCUAACAAACCACUGCUUAUUGUCCUGUGCUGAGAACACUUUACCUCAUUGUAACUUUGAACCUCCUCUUAUUCCUUUCUACUUAUUGUCUACAGUCGUAUAAUUGCCAUCUGAGUUUUGAUGAUGCCCAUAGCAGGAGACAUUCCAGCUUUGGCUCGUCCAACAGUAUUGCUUAGAGGAAUGUGGUUUUACCAUCAAGUGUUAUCCAACAUUUAAACACACCCUAUUUAAAGUCAGGUGAACCUGCAUGUUUCUCACAUCACGGCCAGCCUGCAAUCACUGGAUGCACACAUCCUGACAGUCCUCCAUGACAACACAGGCAGACAGUGACUCUCUUGAUUACUAGCUCAAACAGUAGACAGUUAGACAAUUAUGUUUUUGAAUGUAGCUGUUGCAUACUUGAAACUAAUUUUUAAGAGUUUUAGGAGAUAUCUAAGAAUGUUUCACACCCUUUCAUAGGUUGCCCACAAACAAGUCUCAUGAUACUUUUUCAUAGAGGCUUUCUUAGAGUGAUUCGAUUUGGAACAUGUGCACAAAAAUGUGUCUUUGUAUAGCUUCUAAUGUAACUUCCUAGAAAAAGAAGUGCAAUGGGUCCAGCCUGAGGGGCAUAAAGAAUUUGUUGCAAUACUAUUACUUUUCGCCUUGCAAAUGGUGACGGUCUGUCUCAGUUUAAUGGGUGAUUUAACAGCCGUGGCAUAUUCAGUUAAAGCCUCAACGCUUUAACAGAUUUGCUGCUCAUUUUGUCAUCAUUAUUCCUUUGUAUUCGGUAUCUGUUACAGUGCAGUGUAAAAAUGGCAAGUUAUUGUUGGGAAAAUGGUAUUUAUUGUGUUUUCAUAACAACAAAGCACUAAUAUUUUUUAGAUGUAUCUUUUAAGUAAUAUAAGUCUGUCAGCUAAACAUGUUUGUUUUUAACAUUAAGGAACAGCAUAAGAAGGAUAAGUGAAGCUUUGAAAUGCUGGUUGGUAGAGCUACUUAACUGAGGGCGAUGAAGGAAUUGUGGGAAUAUAGCUCAGCCUCCAGACAUUUUACCUUCACUUUAGGAGAGCUUAGGGUUUAAGCAAGUUUAUGUAAGAGUUUGUGCAAGUUGUGUUUAUGUAGGAUUCUGUACCAAAGAUAUUGUUAAAUAUGAUGCUCUCAAUUUCUGUCACCUUGGAUUCUGUCAUGGAAAAUAUCUUUGCAAAAAUACCCCCUGAGUUAUAGGUGUUAUUUAUGUGUUUAACAAAUUAAAUAAACAUACAGCAGUA